CGGCUGGUCAGCGGUUCAUUUAUCAUCAUCGUUUCCUUUGUCACUGUCUUAGCCAACGGCUUGUUACUAGUAGUUUUCUUCUUCGAUCCGUCGAAGAUAUUCCGCACUACCACUACAUAUUUUCUAAUCGGUCUGGCCUUUGUGGAUAUCUUAACAACCGCCUCGCAAGAACCCAAGUACGCCACUUGCUUCAAAGUGACGUAUCUGAGACAUGCUGAUUCCCUAGCAAGUCUCUUUGUCGUCAUGGGCAUCACCGAAGAGAUCGUGCAAAAGAUAGAAAACAUUUUUCAUCCCAUCACUUUGAGUUACGUCACUAUUAUAUUUUACGUUCUGCUGUACAUCGCAUUUAGGAAGAAGAUGACCGCUUCUAAAAGUCUUCGAGAGGACAAGAACACACACGAUAGAGGGAUGGAUGAUAAACAAACAGGGGUGGGACGCAAGUUUACCAUCGUAAAUUUUCUCCAGAUCGUCAUCUUGUUCUUUACAUCUCAACCUUUUGCCAUGUUAUGGAUCUACCGUUUGUAUUCCAACGAAAACCCUAACACUCCAAGAGUUCUGACUGUCAAUCUCAUGGUGGUCAAUAACCCUCUUUACUUGAAAUUCCUGCUCGACCCGUUUCUCUACGCAUGGCGAAUACCCAAAUAUCGACAGGCGCUCAAAGAUGUGUUGCUCUGUGGCAGAGAGGAGCCAGAAACGAUCUUUAGUGACCGCGUCAUGGUCCAGGUUAGCAAGUCACGUGAGACAGUGGUGACGCUGGACUUUGAAAGCAUUUAA